GCACUCUUCAACACAAAUAAAUCCGUGUACGUGGCAGCGAAACCUGUGAUAAACUGGCCAAUAAUGCCAGCGUCAUGCUGCGCUUCCGGCUGCUCCAACAGCGUGACCCGGGGCAAGCGCCUGUUCCGCAUCCCCUUGAGCGAGAAAGACUCCGCUCGGCGCGAGGUGUGGCUGGCGAUUAUCAAGCGGCAGGGAUUUGUGCCGACGACGGGAUCACGUCUCUGCGAGGACCAUUUCGAACCGGACCAGUUUGAGCAGUGCAGGGCAGACGGGCGUAAGCUGCUCAAACACAAUGCCGUGCCAACCAUCCCCGGAUCUGCGAUACCCACAGGUCAGAAGAGAGGACGGCGUCGGAACAGGCGGGCACCAACUGCAACCAAGAGGAGGCGCUCACCGUCGGACUCUGUGGAUGAUGGAGAUAGUGAGGGUGAGGAGGAAGUGGACUGCUCCUCGGGACCCGAGGCAGCAGAGGCUGCUCACGUGGCGGAGUCAGCAGAGACAUGUGGCGUCUCUGACUGGGCUGAUGCGCUGACAUGCAAGGCCCUGCAGAUCCGCUUGGCAGCUGGCCAGCGAGGUUAUGCGGUUGUGCGCGAGAUGUGCCUUGGAUUUCCUUCCGAGCUGCAGCUGCGGCAGUGUGUGGAGGCACUGCCUUUUGAACCUGGGUUGCUGGAUGGUCUGUUACCUGCACUAGAGCACAAGGUGUCCACCAUGGGGCCAGAGGACAGGCACGUCGCCCUCUGGCUGGAACGGGUGGCAGUGCUGCCGGGUUCAGGACCGACCCUUGGCGGGACGGACGACGAGUCGUCAGGAGACGCACUUGUUUUCAGCAUAGCGGGGCUGGCCUCCUACUGGAAACAGACACUGGGAUACCACCUGCUUACUGAGUUGGCCUCUUCCACCUCAACAGGUGGUUCGGCACUUUGUGGCAUGCUGAAGAAUGCCAUCUUCCAAGUGGUCAGAAAGUGUGAAGCCCUAGGCCUAGCCAUCGAUGCCCUUGUGACGGACCUGAGUGCCCUCAGCCUCUCUUUGUGGGAGCUGUGCAGAGUUUCCACCCGUCCCGUCAGACGACCGGUCUUCUCAACCCGUCACCCGUGCACCACUGCCGAGCAGUCCGACCAUCGGUGGCUGAUGAUCCUCGCCGACUUACCGUAUGUGACAAAGAGCAUCGUAGAUGCUCUCAUUGAAAAUGAGACAUUGCUUCUUCCCAGAGAUGUGGUUGAGAAGCAUGGCCUUCCCACAGAUAAAGUGUGUUUCGACCAUAUUAAGUCGCUCUUUGUAAAAAACAAUGCGGAUAAUUUGGGAUUUGUACGUGUCAUCGAACUAGAUUGCCUUAGGCCUGAAUGCACGCGAAAGGACACGAGCGUAUCUAACGCAGUCUUGAGCCAGGGCACUGUGACAGGGCUACGUUGCCUGUGUGCAGUCAAGGUUCUUCCAAUGGAAGCAGAGACGACAGCCUGGUUUGUUGAGCAGAUAAAUCGCUGGUGCUCUUUGAUGAUGUCGGUUGCACCGGGCGCUACAAGCGAACAAUGCAAGGAGGUAAUGGCAUUCCUCCAUGAAUUCAAGGACACAUUCUCGCGUGUAUCUCUUUUUUCGCAGGAAAAGGAGGAGGGAGAGCUAAGGACAGCUAAAAUUGGAUUGUGUGUUUCGACAGCUGCGGCAUUGAAGGUGCACGAGAUUUUGGUGGUUGAAAGACAAUUUAGGCGUGUGCACAUUGAUAGAGGGCCAUCUGCCUCGCUCCAGAAAGUACUUGGGACUGCUUGUCUAAGUAGCUGUGUGCCCAGCCACACGGACUUUCGAUCGUUGCUGCACACAAUGUGUCUCGCACAGCUCUUCCUGCCCAUUCAAAAGGGUGGAUCUGUGCUUGAUGAGAGUGGUGACACUGCAGAAUUUAUGUAGGUGCUAAGCUGAGUGAGAACAGUGAUGAAAGCUGUACCUUUAUGUAAAUAGAAAAAUGCACUGAAAAUGCUGAAAGUUGA